GUUUAUGCCUCUGAUUUUUAUCACACAGAGGAUCGUAUACCUUUCAUUCCGGAAAGGAAGUGGCAAGUUGAAUAGCCAUCACCGCAGUCCACUGACACUUGUCAAGGCAGAGGUGUUUGUUUCCGCCGCAAGAUAACAAAGAAGUCGGAGGGGAGCCACAGAGCUGGAGAGAGACUAAUGUUUGAUGGCAUGGUAAAGACAACCUGAAGGACCUGAGAGCCAUCAUUCGCACAGAGUGGCACCAAGGUCAUCUGGCUGAGGGAUGGUUUGCCUUUUCCUGCCUUUGGAUCACUGAUGGAGUUGUCAUGACGGCCAAAGAAAUACCAUUGGACCUUUGAAGAAUGGACUUUCCAACCCAUUGGAUUAUUCUAAAAGGAAAAGCCAUCAAAGAUCACACAAAAUCACCAACAGUAAAAUUAGUUGGCCUUUUCUCAGUUCGAGGAUUCUGCUUCAGGAGGCAAAACUAUUCGUGACUUUUUCGAGAAAUUGGACUACAGAAGUUUCAUAUAGUAAGAUCUAGACAGCUUAGUAUUAAACCACCGGAAAUAUAUAAAUGACAUGCUAGAAGUGAAAUUAGAUGCACUGAAGCAGUAAAAGCCACAAAUUCAAGAAAUGAUGGAAACAAUCACUCUUUAGUGGCAUGUUCCUCACAAUUGUAUCCCUUUUCCCCCCAACUUUCCCUGCUGAUCAGGGAGACAAUCCGGUGAAAUCAGAUUUUAUGAUUGCCUUCAAAAACUCCGCUUGAAAGACAUUUGCUGAAGUGUUUUUCUUUCAACACUUUAGGUCAUAAUUGAAUAGUGCUAUAAAGGUGGGUCAGAAACCAUAAAAGAAUUAGAAUGACUGGCCAUGUUACAAUACAAUUGUUGGUACCCUGCAGGUGGUAGGAAUCCAAUAUGCUCCAUGACGUGCCCUGUAUUCACAAAAUAACCUCAGAUUUAUUUGUGAUCUCAUGGAUUAACUUUCAAGUUCUUACACAAAGACCUUUUAAGUUUGCCCUUGUGGAGUUUUACUUGGUAUAAAACUACAGCAGAUAAACACCUCCCAUCUACAUGAAUCUUUUAUAUUACAUGUAGACCCAGGCCGAAUUUCUUUCUUUUUUUCUUUUUCUAUUUUUUUAAAUCAAAAUGGCAACUUCUCGGACAGCAGGAGCUUGGACAUUGUUAGCAGCGUUGGGUUUUCUAAGCUGCAUUAGUUUUGGCUGGUGUGAGGCCUCAAGGACUAGUGACUCGACCUCAGGAGGGAGUAGACAGGAUCAAGGACCCUCGUCGUUGGAACGAGUGAAGAGAGGAUGGGUGUGGAACCAGUUUUUUGUGGUGGAGGAGUACACGGGCACAGAGCCGCUAUAUGUAGGAAAGAUCCAUACAGACUCUGACGAAGGUGAGGGCAACAUCAAGUACACUAUCUCUGGAGAAGGGGCGGGCUCCAUCUUCAUCAUCGAUGAGCUAACGGGAGACAUCCACGCCACAGAGAGACUGGACCGAGAAGAGAAGGCUUUUUACACUCUUCGGGCUCGGGCCCGGGACCGGCUUUCCAAUGACCUUCUGGAACCAGAGUCAGAGUUUGUCAUCAAGGUCCAGGACAUCAACGACAGCGAGCCCAAGUUCUUGGAGGGUCCCUACAUCGGCAGUGUGGCAGAGCUGUCACCCAUAGGGACGUCCGUUAUGAAGGUUACUGCAUCAGAUGCUGACGACCCUACCUACGGCAGCAGUGCCAGAGUGGUGUACAGCGUACUGGAUGCAGAAAAGAUUUUCACUGUUGACAGACACACAGGGAUCAUCAUGACAGCAGUGGCAGAUUUGGACCGCGAGACACAGGAUCGGUAUGAGUUGGUCGUCAAGGCAACGGACAUGGCAGGACAAAUGGGCGGUCUCUCCGGCUCCACCACGGUGACCAUAGUGAUCACAGACGUUAAUGACAACCCACCGCGCUUCCCACAGAAGAUGUACCAGUUUUCUGUGUCAGAGGGGGCAUCUGUGGGGACACCGGUUGGACGCGUCAUCGCCACCGACGCAGACAUGGGAGAGAACACAGACAUGACCUAUUUGAUCAAAGAGGAAGGGGACCUCUUUAAGGUCACUACAGAUGUAGAGACACAGGAAGCCAUUGUCUCCAUUAAGAAGCCGCUGGACUUCGAGAGCAAGCGCACACACAAUGUCGUGGUGGAGGCAGUAAACAAGCAUGUUGACCCUCGCUUUCAGGACCUGGGUUCCUUCCGGGACCAGACAAUUGUCCGCGUCAGCGUGUCGGAUAUAGACGAGCCACCCAUCUUUCAGCCAGCAGAGGGCGAUAUCAUGGAAGUGCAGGAGGAUGCCAAAGUAGGAGCGCUUGUUGGCGUCGUCACUGCCAGGGAUCCAGAUGUGAAGAAUAAACCUGUCAGGUUCUCUAUCGAUCGGACAACUGAUCAGGAGAUGAUCUUCCACAUUGAUCCUGAUUCGGGUGCCAUCACACUGGGAAAGAGAUUGGACCGAGAGACUGCAGGCUGGCACAACAUCACUGUGAGGGCUGUAGAAGCAGAAAACCACACAAUGGCGUCCCACUCAGCAGUGAGCAUUCGGAUUCUGGAUGUAAAUGACAAUCCUCCUGAACUUGCCACACCGUACGAAGCCUCUAUAUGUGAAGAUGCCAAACCGGGACAGCUAAUUCACACCAUCAGUGUGGUGGAUAGAGACGAGCCGCAAACUGGCCAUCGCUUCUACUUCACCCUGGCCCCCGAAGCCUCCAGCAAUCGACACUUUACUCUGUGGGACGUCAAAGACAACACAGCCGGCAUCCGGACCCAGCGGUCAGGCUUUAACCGCCAUGAGCAGAAUGUGUACUUCCUGCCUAUCCUGGUGGUGGACAGCGGGCCUCCCUCUCUCAGCUCCACAGGCACCCUGACCAUACAUGUCUGUGGCUGCGACACAGAUGGAGCCAUCCAGUCCUGCAAUGCCACAGCCUAUGUAAUGAGUGCUGCUCUCAGCCCGGGGGCACUUAUAGCACUACUGGUCUGCAUGCUCAUCCUCAUAGUCCUCGUCUUGCUGAUCCUGACCCUGAAACGCCACAGGAAGGGCCAGAGGAUGGCGGAGGACGAGGAGGACAUGAGGGAUAACGUCAUCAAGUACAAUGACGAGGGCGGAGGGGAGCAGGACACUCAGGCAUACGACAUGAGCGCCCUGAGGAACCUCUAUGACUUCCCAGAGGCCAAGAGCUGUGACUCUGGCCCGGACAUCCGCUCACUGCCGCAGUGGAUACAGGCCAACCGGGUGGGUGGCGGAGGUGGCGGCGGUGGUGGUGGUGGUGGAGGAGGAGGAGGAGGAGGAGGAGAAGGAGCUGCAGCAGCAGCAGCGGCGGCGGCAGACUUCUCCCUAUUCAAAGGCUACAUCCGAAAGAAGGUGGAACAGGCUGAUGCCGACCUGUCGGUGCCCCCAUAUGACUCCUUCCAGACGUACGCCUUUGAGGGCACCAGUUCACCAGCGCUUUCACUAAGCUCCAUCCACACGCUGUCCACCACCUCGGAGCAGGAUUUCUCCUACCUCAGCGACUGGGGACCACGUUUCAGGCAACUGGCAGGCUACUACGCUCCAGGAAACCAUGAGGAGGAAGGGUCCUAGCACAUCUUCUCCUCUACAGAGACGUUUAAAGUCCCUCCUCCUUCUUCUGCCUCCUCUUCUCACCCUCUGGCACUCGGAGCCAGCACUGUGUACUCCUUAAAGACAGAGCGCCACCUCUUUAUCUCUCUGAAAGAAAGAUCCCAGUGUCUAACUUUUAACUCAAGUAUUUUUUUUAACGCUUUGGUUUUUGUGAGAGUUUUUCGGACUUCAGCAUGAAAGCUCUGGCGAUGCAGAGAAAGAGUAAAGAAAGAGAUAUCCACUCACCAAAAUUGCCAUUUUAUCUGAAGGGAGGAUUUUCUCUCUCCCGAAUCAUAAGUGAGAACCUUUAUUUUAAACUGUGAGUUUCAAAGUGUUACCACAACAUAGUUAAGGUUCAACUAUGCCAAGGCAAAACUGUCUGACAAACAUGUAUUUAUUUAAGGAGGAAAUAUUUAUGUAUUUAUUUGUUUUUAUGUAUUUAUUUAUUUAUUUACACCAUGAUCACUAUGGUAACUGCAACACUGAACUCUGCUGAAGUGUGAAAGAAAAAGUGAGGGGAGGAGGACAAUUUUAAAAGAAUCACAGUCAACGUGGAAGAAAGAAAGACAGACUGCAGUGGCAGAUGACUACAGAAUACCGGCGAAGAGGUGACAUCUGGGUCAUACAAAAAUUACAUUCUGGAAAAUAUUUGUAUUUAUUUUCUAUGACCACUUUUGUAAAAUAACCAAUUUAAGACGUUGAGGAAACGUAGAGGCAAGUAGAAAGAAAGAACAGAUGGAGUGAAAGAACUGCAGAAGAAAAGAACCGUCAGUUCAGUCUAAAUGUUUGAGACUGACAUACUUUUGCUGUUUUUAGUCAUUUAUAAACGGGGUUUUGGAGGUCACAAACUGAGGACAAUUGUGUGUUAACAAUUUAUUUUCUGAUCCUCUCCACAGCCAAUUGUAAGGCAAUAAGGCACAAACCGCAACAGUGAUUUAAGACUAAAAAUGACUGUUUCAUCGAAUUGGCUGGUUGCCAGCACUGUCCCACAGGGAGCCAAUUUUCAUUCCAGAUUUUGUGUGUGAGUGUGUACAAUAUGUUCAAUUCAUUUUAUAUCCCAAGACAUUUGAUUUUGCUUUUGAUAUUUCAUUUCCUUUGGUGGAGGGA